AGUAGUGUUUCUUAUGGCAAAACUUGCACUUGUGUCCUGAAAAACACUAUAUACAACAAUCAAUAACCCUGUUUCCAUGGAAAUUUCUAAACAUCACGUCUGACGGAACUUAUCCAGAAAUUCGAACUCCAAAAGAAUUUUCUAGUAAUCUAAAAUGGAAGAGAGCGACUUUAGCGAUGGAAACGAGGAAGAAGCCGAACAAGAAGAAGCGCUAGAUCCAGAUAACCCAGAACAUGCGUUUGCCAUUUUAGAACGGGGCUUCAACAAGACCGUCGCCGAAAUCGAGCAAAACCCUGAAGCGGCCCACUUCUCCGAAGACUUCCAGAAACUCUUCGAGAAUUUCUACCAAACCUACCAGAAAAGCAAAAAUCUCGAAGAGACCCAAGCCACCCUGAAUAAAGAACUCGAAGACAAGAAUGGGGUCAUUCAGGUGGCGAAUGAGCUGGCCGAACACGAUAAAACCACGAUUCAGGAGCUCAAAUCCCAAAUUAACCACGCGUGGAAGCUGGCGGAUGCUGCUCAUGCUCGCGAGCAAGCGGCUCAAGAAGCUAUUGACAAUCUUCGCAAGCAGAUUGAUAGCUUGAAUGCCGAGAUUGAGUUUAGGAAUAAGAUGGGGGAGGAUACGUCGGAAGAGAUGGGGCAAUUGAGUAAGCACAAAGAGGGACUGGAAAGAGAAAACGAGAAGCUAUUGGGGGAAGUGACGCAUUUGUCCCAGAAGUUGAACAACGCAUUGGAGUAUCAAAAUGAACUAGAAAGGAAGACGUCGAUGGGGGAUUUAAAGAUUAAUGAACUCGCGGGGCAAUUAGAGGACCAAGUCAACGAAACCGACAAGUACAAACGAAUCAGAGAUAAAUUAGAAAGCGACAUCACCGAGUUGAACUACAAGAUAGAAGACCGAGAUGCACACGUGAAUAAUUUGAACACGGUGAUCAGUUCUCACUUGAAGAGUAUCACGAAGCUGGAAGAGAGAAUUAAAGAUGAGAAAGUGGCAAGGGAAAAAGUUAACAAAGAAUAUGAAACGAUCCAACUGAAAUAUACUAAGCUUCAGGAUGAAUUUAAUGGCAAACAAAACAGUUUGGACUUGCUACAAAAGAACUACAACAAGAAAUUGACCGACUUAAAAAUGUAUGAAGAAGAUUCGGCUCACUUGAAAGCCGACUUAGCCAAAGUGAGUAAGCAGAAAGACAUUUUUGAAAAACGAUUCUAUGCAAUGGAAACGGAAAAAUCCGACAUUAUUGGUGACCGAAAUCAGUUGAGACAAAGACUUGCAAUUUUUGAGAAAGAAAUUGACGAUUUAAAGAAGCAAGUAGAGAUAGGAAAAAGGACACUCGAAGGAGUGACUCGCGAGAAAGAUAUAAUCGUCAAAACGAUAGCAAAAUAUGAAGCCGUCAACAAAGACCAGUCGAAGUUGAUCAAAAUCCAAGAGCAAGGCAAGAAGAAGCUUGAAUCAGAACUCGACAACUUCAUCAUCGACACUAACAAGCAAACAAAACAAAUUUUGACUCUGGAAAGACAGAAGAACUCUCUAGCUGAAGAACAACUCAAUUUGACCAAGAAAAUUGAAGACAGUAUGGACGAUAUUAAGCUAAAAAAGGCCGAAAUCUACGACUUGAAAAAAAAUAUAAGUGAGGCGGAAAACCGGUUGAGAAUGCAGCAAAAUUUGUACGAUCAAGUAAGAUCAGAAAGAAACGCGUUAGAAAAAUCGUUACAAGAAGCAAAUGCCGAAAGCGGCGAGCUGAAGAAAAAACUGAAGAUUACCAACCACCAGAUCGAGCAACUAAAGGAAGACGUGUCGUGUAAGGAGCAACUGUUGAUUAAAGAAGAAAAUAUCAUGAGAAAAGUGCAAAAGGAGAAGGAAAAUUUAAAGGUCGAGCUCAAUCUAGCCCACGACCAAAUCAAGAGUUUGAAAGACACAAUCUCCGAAAAAGACGCAGAAGAAAAACGUCUCCAUCGAGAGAUUCUCGACAACGAGAAACUAAUAAGAGAACAAGCAAAAGAUUUGGAGCAGUUGAUGAACGAAAGAGACAUUUUGGGAUCGCAACUGGUGCGCAGGAACGACGAAAUAGCUCUCUUACACGAGAAGAUCCUAAUUUUACAAACCACGCUUCAAAGGGGUGAAUCUCAAUACGCUCAAAGACUCGAAGACAUACGACUGCUAAAAAUCGAGAUCAAAAGACUGCGACAGGAGAAGCUCCUCAUGUCCAAAUCCAUCCACAAUUCCAUCGAUAUGAAACUCGAAGUCUUCCACUUAGAGAGGGACUUGAUGAAGUGGCGCUUGAAAUGUCGGGCUCUUGAAGAGGAGCUACAGAAUCCGAUGAACAUCCACAGGUGGAGGAAACUCGAAGGGUCUGAUCCGGAAUUACUUGAUGUGUUACAAAAAGUUCAGAUAUUGCAAAAGCGUUUAAUAAAGCAAUCUUCCGAAGCGGUCGAAAGAGAACGGCAGUUAAAAGAGGCCGAGCAGUUGUACGUGAACUUGAAGAAUGUUUUGGCGAAGCAGCCCGGUCCUGGACUAAGAGACGAGCUGACGAAGACACAGAAGGCGCUGAAGGAUAGGGGCGACCAGCUCAAGUGUUUGGUCUCCGAAUUGAAUAUGGCCGAAUUACAAGCCAAAGAAUACAAGUCUGAUCUCCAACGAGUUACCGACGAGCUAAACGACCUGAAGAAGAAGUACAUCGCCGAGAAAAAGGCGCAAAAAUUUCAAAAACUGGCGUACGAAUCUAGCCGAGAAGUGAACCAAUACAACAACAAACAAAACGGCGCUCAAGUGAAAUACACUGGUGGCGGUUUUCGGAUGUCAGUGCAAAGUAUAACAUCUUUCAAUUGAGUGUACCGUAGUUGAACUAAUAAAUCAAAUUCCUCUCGAUCUCCCGGUGUAUGCUUUAAGUUAGGUUAGAAUGCCAAGGUCUUUGGAAGUGUGUGUUGACAGCUACGAGUCGGCAGUGGCCGCCAUUAACGGCGGCGCCACCCGACUCGA